CCCACCCCUAUUCUUUUAGAAAUUUAAACCUGGGCCCCCAUUGGACUCUCCCCCUCCCUCACCACCCCAUAUAAAUUGUUGAGAUAAAAAUCAUUUUAGUAAAGAUUUAUGACCAUAGAUUUACCUUGAUUUCUUUGAAAUUUCCCCACCAAAACGUCUAAUUUUGUAAUUGACGUCAAGGCAUGUGUGAGCAUGCGCGGUGGAGACGAAAGUCGUUUCUCACGUGAUCUCGCCUCAAGUGAGAAAUCAGAUUUGUAGAAAAUACGUUUUUCGAGAGAGGUCGCCUUGAAAACGGCUGACAGUUGAAGAAAAGGCAUCUAUUCUGAAUGAGAAGGAUGAAUUCUACUGCGGUGUCUAUGGAGGUUGCUAUGUCGCCAAGARUAGCUCCAGUUCAUUCUGUCAUAACAACAAUCACUUCACCAUUCAACGUUGGGGCACAAGACACAGUAAAAAAGAACCCRAAAGUACCAACACCAAUAGUUCUUACCAGUUCCCCUGUCGAUCAGCGACGYGGUUCAUACGUUUUCUUACUGGACGAUACUCGGUCUACKUUGAUCGCUAAAGAAUCUCCAAACGGGAGACCUGGGAACUUGGAUCUGAUUAUAAAACAUGAUGAUCGACUUAUGGAAAAAAUGGAGGAAACUAGUCGAACAACCAAUGAAGAUAACGAUGAUUAUUCAGAUGGUGGUUCAGAGGGUUCGUUGGAAGAUGUCCGUCAACAUCACGGUAUCAUCAAAUCUAGCAAAUCAGAUGAUCACGAGUACCUAACCCUGUACGAGGCACACUUAUCAAGACUAGAUGAAGUAGCAAAUCCUAAUCAAGCGGUUUCUUUUAACCAGCAUGAUGCCAUUGGUAUUAACCCCAGGUGA